AUGAACGACUAUUCCCGGCUAUCACAUCAGCGUUACAAAGAUCAGCUUGGACUGAGCGACUCUGACGCUUUGGAUAGAGUGAAGGAAGACCAUGCAAGUUUCGUUGACGCCUUUGGGCGUCAAGACGAGUUCUUUGAACGAACCGACAUGCAAGUGGCUGCGUUCCUUCUUGGGGCAACACUAGUAACUGCCGACAAGCACAUGGCUUGGUACCCGUGGGCUUCACUCACGGACGAGAUAACUUCUGUGAUGGAUUUGAAACUCUCGGCUAGUCAGCCAAAAGACUAUGUGCUGUCUCUCUUCGCAGAUUGGGACUUCUAUGACCCACCUUCAGGUUUUCAAGACCUGCCAACCAACAUGCUGCUGAAAGAUUUUCUGCGACAGUUGCGAAAGGUCGAACCCGUGCUCAUUCCCACCAGAUGUCCGGCUGGAUUGUUCGGAAUAAGCGACGAGACCUGGGGCUUUGAUGCGUCUGACAUUACCCUUUUCAGACCAAUAGAAGAUGUACGCCACAUUUACGGCAUGUUCCAAUGGUACGACGCUGUGGCUUCUUCAACACCAGGUCGUCUUCCUCUGAGACUCUCUAGAUCGCGCUGGCAGAGCUGUGCUUCGAAAGCGCGGUCCCUCGCCUCUUGGCUUGCCCACCAUGACAAAGUGACAGGUUUCGUAUGGUUCUGCAAUGCCUUGCUUGCGUCACAAAGGGCGUGUACGAAUAGACUUGCUGAGCUCGGACAAUCAGUUCCGUCUACAGCCAAGCUGCAAGCUAUGUUGUCGUCCGACGAUCCUCUGGAACAGGUACAGGGCUGUAGAGGGUGUCUUGUGUUGGUUGCCAAUCACAUAUCAAGCUCUACCGACGAUGCGAAAGCCGUCGACGUCUUCCUAGAUGUCGCACCUCGAGAGCGCUUAUCUGGACUGGCGCAAAAUUGCCUCCACAGAAUCGUUGAGCGUGCAUCGGCGGCGGGCUCACCCCUGGGCCCACUCAUGUUGCAUUGUUACAGCAUGCCACUUCAUGGUCUCGAGGACGCAGUUUUCGAGGUGAUCUGUGAGAUGCUAUUCCUGGAUGCUAAACUCUGUUGGGAGCGGGGGGUCAGAGUCAUCCUCGGUGAGUGGCAUCCUCUUGAAGACCAAGGAGAUUCGCCAGACCCGCGAUGGGCUCCGGGGCUAGCUACAAGCGAGAACAAGACUGUGUCAAACGACGACCCUGCCGGAGGACAUGAAGAUAGCGACGACGCUCGCGACGGACCUGCGCAACAAAGCAGUACCGAGGCCGGUUCUAAGACAUGCAUCGGUCUCGUUCACUGGGAGACUUUCUGCCAGGCUCGCGCGCAGCAGAAGGACACAAUGACCAUUGCAUUGGGAAGCCGCCCGGAUAUUCCCUUUUACGAAGCAUUCCGGAGCAGCAGUCCUGGUUGUUUGGAUACACCACCCGAGUAUAAGGUCUUUGGUGUAUGGGUGCCGCUGGACCAUGAAAGAUUUGGAGUGGCAGAUAUCGGAGCCAUAGUUGUGGACGAAGACAAGGCCAACGCGUUCGUGGUGUAG